UAUCGGAUGUCCGCGCUCAUUCUGAACGCGGACGCCAUGCGGUGCGUAGCACGGAGGUCUGAUCACGAGCUGCAGGCAUUCCUCGGGAGAAGUUCCGUGAAAAAGUGACCGAGAUACACGUCGAUCGGUUCAGGUGUCGCAAAAGGGCCCGAUAGCGCGAAGGAAUUCGAAAUCGAGGAGGACCGGUGGUGUUGUCGACGAUCCGCGCGCGGUUUCCAAGUGCGAUCGGACCAACGAGCAAAUGGACCACGGCGAACCUUGGAAAUCAACCCGAACGCUGGACGAAGAAAUUGAAUGAAAACUCGUGGAAAUCCCGCCUCGAAAUCGUCGAUCUCGCAUUGUUCGAUCCUUUGUCGCGUCACCGGCCGCGGCGCGUGCUUACCCCCACCAUCGACCCGUGCUCACCUUUCGUCCUUCUUCUUUCGCUCCAGCAUCCGAUGACAUAUCGCCCAUAGUUCACGGCGAACCAUAGUUUCCGACGUUUCCGUUCGGGAUCGUCACGAUGCGAAACCCGGCACGGCUCCUGUUUGAAGAACACCUCUCCGAUCGAUAGCAGAUAUCGGUAAUCUCGUCUCGCUCGAUGUGAACGGACGUACUGUGACAGUGUGACGUUUGCCUCUGCGGAAACUUUCGUGCGACUCGGCUCAAUGGUAACGAUCUCGGACAGCUUGGUCGCUCGUGAGCCGUAAUAGAUUUGUGCCUUAUACUCGACCAGCGAGUGACCUUAGACGUACGAAGGAAAUUGGUUGCAAGUGCCUUAAUAAUAGUGCUAAGACGUGAACGACGUUUGUUUGUGUCGUUACAGAUCAUUAAGGUCGUUUGAAUCUUCUACUUAGAAUUGUUCGUGUGCUUUCAUCUGGUGCUUUUAUACGCCGAAUACGUGUAUAUCCGUCGAGGAGCGUGUGUGAUAUCGCUUCGACCGAGCCGUGUCGCGGCGGGAAUUUGUUAAAGUUUCGACCACCGGCGCCGUUCGACCGCAUUAACAAUUACGAUCGCGAAACCGGCGGUAAUUCGAAGAAAUUCUGAAGAACAACUUCCAGCGAAGUCGACGACCGAGUGGAGGAGAAUAGACGGUGACCUCAUGCUUUACUUAAGUCUUAACCGGCAGCGAGACAAUUGGAUCUUGGUUCGGGUCAGCAGCUUCGUCGUUUGGUACAGAAGCCGUGGCCCAUUGGAACUUAAAAUCUAUCAUGCGUUUCAACAGUCGCCCGUCGGCUGAAGCUUGAACGACGCCGAUUGAAUGAAACCGAUCGACGACAGGUUUGUCGACGACACGUUGUUCCCGAUUUUAUGAGAACGUUUUCAUAGUCUCCCAAAGAAUCAGCCUUUGCUGAAUAUAUUUUUCGAAGCGCGUCGUUAUUGUAGGAUAAUAAGAACAAUCUUAGAAACGGUCGUUCUACACGAUCGAUAGAUCCUCUGACCCAGAUACAAGCGUGAAAUCGAACAGUCGACCAAACGUCUGUGUCGACUAUAGCCGCGAUGAUCAAGGGAAGAGCGUGUUAUUUAUAAUUCCGUCAAUUAAACUCGUCCUCGAAAAGCAUUAGAGUCGAUAAACUACCCAUCGACUCGUUACCAUUCUCACGUUACUAGCUUCUUCCAUAGCUUUCGCGGGUAGAAGGCACUAGAUUUUAAGAAGAACCAUUUUAUGUCGAAUAUCGUUCGCUGGGUGAACCUUUGAAUGUGUUCCCGGCCCUCCGACGCCGCGAUAAACGAAUCACGAUGACGACCAUGGGUGUCACGGUGUUUUGCAACCGAGUGCAACUGAACGGCAGCGACCAGGAACAAGUGAUGCUUCUGAGGACUCUGCAGGACAACGAGAGUAACAUAAUCGGCAACCAGACUCACCUGGUUGUUCCCAAGAACAACAACAACACCAGCAACAUGAACUCGAACUCAGUUCUGCCGCCUUACGACCCAUCCAGAUUGAAAAAACACGGGAAAAAUGGGCAACCGCCGCCGGUCGCAGUCGCGAGGAGGAACGCUCGCGAGAGGAAUCGCGUGAAGCAAGUGAACAACGGGUUCGCAACGCUGAGACAACACAUACCAAGCCACAUCGCUGCAGGUUACGGAGACAGGGGGAAGAAGCUGUCGAAGGUGGAGACCUUGAGAAUGGCCGUCGAGUACAUCAGGGGGCUUCAGAGGCUGCUGGCGGAAGCUGACGGCGUUGAAUACGACAGUUCUGUCGGCGUCGGUCAGUGUGUACCUUCGCCCACGAGCAGCGUCAUUUCCUCCAGUCACAACGGAUCCGGGGAGAGAUUGAUCCUCGAGGACGACGUACUCGCCGGCGAUGAGGAUAACAGCGAGCAGCUGGACGAGGACGAGGACAACAGGAAGCAGAAACAGUCUAGAUUGUCGCCAAAUCGAAGAGCAGUCCCCUCGCCGCACGAUUAUUACGCUUCUUCGGUAGGAGACGAGGAGAACCUGGAGUCGAGGACCCGGUCGAGCGCGCAUAAUUUCUCUCGACUCUCGCCUAACUCGGUGGCAUCUCCGCCUUCGGAGUAUUACGGCCAGAACGAGGAGAACCUGGAGCCGCAAAUCCUGUCGCCGUACAGCGGCGGAGACAGCGAGGAGGGUGCAGCCACCGUUUUCGCAGCCAGCCCGGAAACCUUUUCCGGCGCGCUGUAUUAUAAACAGGAGAUCACCGAGUCCGGUGAAUUCAUGGAUGUAGUCAGCUGGUGGGAACAGGAGCAGACUAAGAUGGUUCACCAACAACACACGCAACGCCUCACGCACGUCUAAUCAGAACGAUUCGCUCAAAAGCUGGAAUCUCGCAGGGUCGAUCUCAAGAAGCACGGAGGAAGAAUUGAACGCGACUUCGGUCAGAAUCGGAUGUUUUCAAGGACGACGACAAACUGUACUUACUGCACACAGUACUUGCUCAGGGUAGUCAGCACUGCCUAUGACGUCUUUCCGUUUUUUCUUCCCGAUUGCGUAUCCAGGAAGUCAUUGCCAUUAUUCCAUGUCAAAUCGUUUCUCGCAUCGAACGUACUGAUACAAUUGAUUUGGUUUUUCAUCUCGCAGUGGUCAAUUCGAGUAAAUUGACCUGGCGACAGAGGUGGGCAAAAUUUUUCAUUCGAACAAAACUAGUAAAGAUAGUGACUUUUACUCACAUCUACAAGGUUAUAAACCUUUGAAGAGGGGUGAUCCCUGAGGUGAUUUGAAGUAACUUUUUCCUUUGCGAAAAUUUUAUCCGCGGCGUUGUUAACAAAUUAUUAAUGAAAGAUACGCAGCCAAUGCGGAGUCGCACUUAUCUUGGGGCGGGGCGCUAUAUAUAUAUAUUCGCUCUUUGAUUGGUCCGUGUUUUCCGUUAAUAACUCAUUAAUAAAUUCGCGGAGGGCAUUUUUGCUAAGGAAAAAAUUAUUUCGAAUGAUCUGCGGAAUCUCCAGGAUCCCUGUGCAUUUUUACUCAUCUAAAUCGAAAAACAUUGCAUUUUCUGAAUAAAGUUUUAACUGAAAUAUUUGGUCGAGUCAUAAAUAACUUCCGAUGCAGCUAGGUAAAAACUACUUGAUCGUGUUAUGAGUCACUGGGACAAACGGAUUUUUGCUUCCACCGAAUAAAUAAGGGUAGAAAAUAAAUAAAGUAAAGAAAAAAAACAAAAAGUAAAAAAAAACAAAAUAAAUGUCUCAUAAAACAACGGACAUUAUUUCUGACUCGACCUAAUAGAAACUCAUGUUCAUGUGCAUGGUGUGCAUUUGUUCACCUUCGGCUGCUGAAAAUUUAAUCUGUAUAGUUGUAAGGUCUACCUGAUAAUGAACAUUCAAUUCAAUUUCAAGACAUCUACGAGAAUUCGAUUUUUGUAAGUGUCUUGGAAUUAUCGAGAUGAGUGGUGUUCGUAAUCACUGUCGUUUUAAUUUAAAAUCUUGUUGACUAUACUGUUCGUUGCGAAUAAGGCUGAACCUGACAUGACCAUUUACAGCAAUUUAUCUCUACGCGUAAUUCAUCAUGUUUUCUUAAUCUCUAAAAGUUUCCUGAAGAAAUUGCUCAAUGUUUGACUAAAUAAUAACAAAUUAAGUAGAGAAAUAAUGGAAGUAUCUUCGAAAUAUGGGUUAUGUCUACGUUAAAAAAAAAAACACGUGAAUUUCUCGUAUCAGACUCAACCUUAUUCUAAGUGGACAGUUGUUUUAGGGAAAUAUUAAAAUUCGAAAAUGAUAUUUUAUGAAUUUCGUAAAGUGUGUACAUAAAAGGGAGGCAAGCCGGUAAUCUUUAAUAUCAUAUUUCUCGUUGGUAGGUGCCUUUUGUAAUGAUAAUAAUAAUAUUAAUAAUAAU